AUGACGGAUGAUUUAGAAAAAGAUCUUCAGGAGGCUCAAGCUGAACUUGCUAAAUUAACAAGUAAAAUUAGUGCAAUUAAUAAACAGAAAUAUCCAUCUUUUGGAAAAGAUAGAAGUGCCUCUGCUGUUAAAAGAAAAUCAAUUGACUACAAUAGUGAUGAUUAUGAUAGAUCUAAAAGACGACGUUCAAGAGGUGAGGGAAAUGGUGUAAAAAUAUCAUGGAAAGAAAAAGUUUCUGAAUUACGCUCCCAAGAGACAAAUGAUGAGAAAGCAAGAAAAAAACGUUUAUUUUCUAGUUUAUUAUUACCUAAUCUCCGUCCAAAAAAUAAUUCACUAGAAACAAAAUUAAAAGAAUCUGCAGAGAAACAAAAAGAAAAAUUAGAUUCUAUAGAAAAUUCAUUGAGAGAAAAGAAGGAGUGUGAAAUUGAGGAUUUACAGAAACAGGAAAAAGAAUUGUAUGAUAAAAAAAAGCAAGCUGAGUUAUUAGUUAAUAAACUAUCAUUAAAAAAAACAAUUAUUGAAAAAGCAGAAAGAAAAAUCUUGAAUUUAGAGGGAUGUAUAAAAUUUAUUCAAACAAAAACAGUACCAAGACUUUCGUUUUUACCAGCUAAACACACUCUACGAACAACAGAACUACUGAAGAAGUCAUCUAAAAGUGUUAGGGAUGAAAUUGAAAAAAUUUCUUAUAUUACAAGAUAUCAAGUCAAUCAAAUUGAAAAUUCAUCAUCAGCUACAUUCAAAGAUGUUGCUCGAGGAAUUGAAAAUGGUACACUUGUUCCUGAAUUUAGUGAGGAUAAACAAUAUCUCGAAACGACAAAAGCAGAUGCAUCUGUGUCAGAUGAUAAACAAGGUCAAGUAUCGAAUGAGAAAAAUAAAAAUACUAAGAGAGAAAGUAGUAAUUCUAUUAAUAGUAGUAAUAGGGAAGAAACUUCUGAUGAUGAAGGAUCUAAAGAAUCGGAUGCUGAGGAAGAGAAAUCUGAAAACUUCAAGAGUGAUUCUGGGGCAGAUGAAUCUGGAGAGGAAGAAAUUGAUACAAUUGUAAAUGACUAUGAUAAGUAUAAAAAUAACAAUAAAGUAGAUAAAUGUGAAGAAAUACCAAAUGAUGAUGUAGAGUCAAAAGAAGCUGAGAAUUCUAAUGUUAUAGAUAAAAGUAAUGUUACUGAACUAUAG